AUGAAUAACGAACAGUUCCGCAAACUGUUGGCUGCGAAUGUAAAAAAGAACUCCGAUAGUCAGCAUGGUGCACCUGCAGGCUCAUCAUCCACAGGCACUAGGAAUGCGCUCGGUUCGAGGCAACGAUCGAGCAUCCCAAUGACACCACGCGCUCUAGGGGGUGCUCAAGCGGACUUUGCGCGACAACUGGCGGAGCGAAACAACGCGGUUCGACCUCAAAAGAAGUUCAAAUCUUACGAUCCAAAAGGCGUCAAACUCGCCUCAGGCUACGUCGACCGAUCAAAAGAACGUGACGAGGAAAUAAAGGAUGACCGGGAACAACACCUAAAGGACCUUGAAGAACAGCUCAAGAACGAGGAGAUCGACAGGGAGACAUUUGAGAACCGUCGAUUCGAGAUUGCAGGAGGCGAUUUAAGUAGCACGCAUCUAGUUAAAGGGCUCGACUUUAAGCUCCUCCAACGCAUCCGCCGCGGAGAAGAUAUAUAUGGAGAGAAAAAAGUCGGAGCCGAGCCACAACCCACAGAUGAGCCCACCGCCGAGGUUGACGUCGACGACGAAUUUGAACAGCUGGAAGAGGAGCAGGAAGUUCAGGUAGUGCCUAAAGAGAAACCCGAGACAAAAAAGAAAGGCCAAUUAUCUACAGUGUCACUGGCACCCGGGAAGAAACGAACACGCGAUCAAAUUCUUGCAGAAUUAAAGGCAUCAAGAAAAGCUGCCAAAGCACAGCAAGGGAAUGUGCUUGGCGACCGUUUCAAGAAGGUCGGUGCCAAACAGAAGGCAGGAUCGCGAAUAGAGAGAGACAGCAAAGGACGAGAGGUUUUAAUCAUUGUGGAUGAAGAUGGACAUGAAAAGAGGAAGAUUCGGAAAGUUCAGCCUGGCGCUAAGAAAAUUGAUGAAGGUGAUCGGAUCGGACUUCUCAUGCCAGACAAAAAUGCAAAGCCGCUUGGCAUGGAGGUUCCAGAACAAUAUAGGAGAAAGGGGGAGCCCGAGGAGGACGAAGACAUCGACAUCUUUGACGGCGUGGGUGAUGAUUACGAUCCACUGGCCGGGAUAGACGAUUCAGGUUCAGACUCUGACGCGAACGAAGAUUCGAAGAAGAUAGAACAAGGAAUAAUGGAUGAAGGGAAUAUUGCUAACCCAUCGAUGCAACCGCCACCAAAGCCACUAGCACCUCGAAAUUACUUCCAGGGAGCAAAGACGGGUCUAGUGUCAGAGGAGCAGAGCAAAGCGCCAUCUAUGUCAGAUCCCGCCAUCAUGGCAGCGAUCAAGCGGGCAGCGGCUCUCAAUCCUAUCAAGAAGGCCAGGGAUCCUGCUGAAGAAGAUGACGAAGAUGACGACGGCCAAACUGAAGGAAUGAAGAAGGAGGCAAUGGAGGAGAAAAGAAGGAGGCUUCUACAAAUGGCGGAUCGCGACGAUGAAGAUCUCGAUAUGGGCUUCGGUACUAGUCGGUUUGCCGACGAAGAAGACUUUGACGACCGCAAGGUCAAGCUUUCAACCUGGGGAGAUAAAGAUGACGAUGGCGAGGGGCAAUCAAAAGGAGGGCAAUCAAAACGAAAGCGAGGCCCGAAGAAGAGAAAGGGUGACGCUAAUAAUGCUGCAGAUGUACUGCGGGUUAUGGAAGCGCGCAAAAAGUCAUGA